UGCUUCUCAUGCAAACCACAAAAAAAUAAAAAUAAAAAAAACCCAGAAAAAAUAAAAAAAAAGAGAAAUUUAUUUAAUUUCAAGAAAUGGGCCUAUGGUUGAAGAAAUCAGAGGCAGGAAUGGAUCUCCUUCGUCUCUAAGCCUUAGCAGAAGUAGGCUCCAUACACGUGUUAUUACACCACAGAUGUGUGUUAUAUAUAUGCACAAACAUAUCUGUAUGUAAAUUCACCUUUCUGUUUAAGAAAAUUUUACCUCUUGAUUACUAUUUUUGGGGGAGAGUGAAUCUUGGGGAGAUUGGAAGCCCAAAAAGGGUAUUAUAAUUUUCUAGUUUUUUCGGGUAAUAUUGGGAAGUCAUUUUGGAGCUUCUCAAUUUGACUUGUGUCUCUUAUUGUUUCUGGUGAUUCUUGGUAACCUACUGAAGCUUAAGAGAGUGGUUCAGACUCCAGCAAGUUCUAACUGGAUUUUGGUACAUGUAUUUUGGAAGGUUCUCAAUUGACUCUUUACCAUUUUAGCAGAAUGGAGGGUGCUGAAGGUUCCGUAAACAAUGCUCCUUCAGAAUCUCCUCUUGCACCAGUAAUUUCAUCUCCAAAAGAGAAUCAAACGGCUCCGGCUUCUACUGCUACUGCUGCUUCUACAACCCAAGAUACUAACGGAGAAUUGGAUGUUCCCGAAUCAGUACCAAAAGAAAAUCCAGUUAUAACUUCUCCAGUUGCAGGUGAUGCGACGGAAACUUCAGAAGAGAAACUUAGCUUGCCUGGGGUCACCGAGGAAACUACUCUCACAGUACAGGAGAAUAAAGAACCACCGGAAAGUCAUGAAGAUAACAAUGUAGCGGUUCCUUCAGAACCCGUUUUGUCAAGUUCAUUGGAGGCGAAGGUGGAUGAUUCCUCAGCAUCAUCUAGGGAUGAUGCUUCUGUCGGACAUGCCAUUGAGCAAGAAUCCUCGGUUGCAUUGGCUAAGCAAGAUCCAUCAGUUGCAUUGUCCCUGGAUUUAGAAGAUUCCUCGGUUGCAUCGGCUAAGCUAGAUCCAUCAGUUGCAUCGUCCGGGAAUUUAGACUCACCUAAGCCUCUGAAACAAGAAAAAGUAGAAGCCAAAAUAGUUGCCCAGCCGCCACCAGUGGAUGAUCAUAUGCAUUCGGUUUUGUCUCCUCGAGUGAGAAACGGCAGUGUUGCUCAGCUCGCUGCCAAAGUUGCAACAAGUUCCACCCCCCAGAGUCCGAAAUCCUCCGAGCAACUUAAAAUGCCUAAUAAUGUCAGCUUAAGUAGAGGUCACAUUGACACGACAGCACCAUUUGAAUCUGUGAAAGCUGCUGUUUCUAAGUUUGGGGGCAUUGUGGACUGGAAAGCCCAUCGAGUGCAGACAGUGGAGAGACGAAAAAUCAUUGAACAGGAACUGGAGAAAGCACAGGAGGAGAUACCGUUAUACAAGAAGCAGUCUGAGGAAGCUGAAGAGGCAAAAAUACAAGUUCUGAAAGACCUAGAUAGCACUAAGAGACUCAUAGAAGAAUUAAAGCUUAAUCUGGAAAGAGCGCAGAAAGAAGAGCAACAAGCCAAGCAGGAUUCUGAACUUGCUAAGCUCAGAAUGGAAGAGAUGGAGCAGGGGAUUGCUGAUGAAGCUAGUUUUGCGGCUAAGGCGCAGCUUGAGGUUGCCCGAGCAAGGCAUGCUGCUGCAGUUGAAGAACUUCAAACUGUUAACAAUGAAUUGGAGCAACUCAGAAAAGACUACGCUCAGUUGGUAGCUGAGAAAGAUGCAUCAGUGAAAAAGGCAGAAGAAGCUGUCUCUAUAUCAAAAGAAGUUGAGAAGUCUGUGGAGGAUUUAACAAUUGAACUUAUUGCUGCAAAAGAGUCCUUGGAAUCUGCACAUGCUGCACAUUUGGAAGCAGAGGAGCACAGAAUUGGAGCAGUUAUGGCAAAAGAACAGGACAUUCUCAACUUGGAAAAGGAAUUGAAACAGGCAGAGGAGGAAGUUGAGAAACUAAACCAGCAGCUGUUGUCAUCAAAGGAUCUGAAAUCGAAAUUGGAGACAGCAACAGCAUUGUUGCAGGACUUGAAAGCUGAAUUGGCAGCUUACAUGGAAUCAAAAUUAGACCAGCAAAGCUCGGGAGAUGCACUCAAAGAAUCAGAGAAGAAAACUCGUGGGGAUAUUGAGGAAGCUCUUUCUGCAGCAAAGAAGGAACUUGAAGAAGUGAAGCUCAAUAUUGAGAAAUUAACCAAUGAAGUUAAUAUCUUGAAAGUGGCUGCCACCUCAUUGAAGGCAGAACUUGAGAAAGAAAAGGCGGAACUUGCUGCCAUUCAGCAGCGUGAAGGAAUGGCGUCAAUUGCAGUUUCAUCUCUCGAAGCCGAGCUGAAUAGGACAAAAUCUGAAAUUGCUCUUGCUCAGUUGAAGGAGAAAGAAGAAAAAGAGAAGAUGGUGGAGCUUCCUAAGCAACUACAAGAGGCAGCUCAAGAGGCAGACAAAGCCAAGGCACUUGCUCAGAUUGCUCGUGACGAGCUCAGAAAGGCAAAGGAAGAAGCGGAACAAGCAAAGGCUGCAGCGAGUACCAUGGAGAGCAAAUUACGUGCAGCUCAAAAGGAAAUAGAAGCAGCAAAGGCUUCUGAGAAGUUGGCAAUUGCAGCUAUAAAUGCAUUGGUGGAGAGUGAAUCUGCUCAAAGGGACAAUGAUGAGGAUUCACCGGCUGGAGUUACACUCUCUUUAGAAGAAUAUUAUGAGCUUAGCAAGAAGGCUCAUGAAGCUGAAGAGCAGGCAAAUAUGCGGGUUGCUGCUGCUAUGUCUCAAAUUGAGGUGGCUAAGGAUUCUGAGUUGAGGAGCUUGAAUAAGCUGGAAGAAGCCAAUCGGGAGAUGGCUGAAAGAAAGAAUGCCCUACAAAUUGCAUUGCAGAAGGCUGAGAAAGCAAAAGAAGGAAAAUUGGGUGUUGAACAAGAGUUACGAAAAUGGAGGGCCGAGCACGAACAAAGAAGGAAAGCUGCUGAAUCUGUUCCACCAGUGGUGAACUCAAAUAAAAUUCUGAGAGCCAGUCCUGAGCUGAGAUCAGAUUCCAAGAGGCUUGUCGGCACAUCUCAUUCUUCUGGUCUGCUUCAGAUCUUGAGUCCAAAGUCUUGUACAAGCAACACGACUGAGUCAUCUCCAGAAGUCAAAGUUACCAAGAAAAAGAAGAGAUCAAUCUUUCCGAGGUUCUUCAUGUUCCUGAGCAGAAAGAAGUCAUCUAAGUCAUCUUAAUCAUUUGUUCAUACUGCGACAUUUGGGUUAUCUUUCUCUUUCUGGCUUGAAAUUACCUGCCUUAUGAUUUUGAUUGGUUUCCUCGAGUUCACCUGAAUCUGUCGUUUAUUCUUGACAAAAGUCUAUAUAUGUACAGUAGUAUUUUUUCCUGUAUAAUAUUUUGAUGAAAUCAAGUUAAUUUUUUUCUCAUAAGAACUAAAGAUGUGGGCUUAAAGGAUGUGUCUUAGUACAUAGUUUGCUGUGGCUUUCUGGGAUAUAUGAGGUGCUUCUGUACAGUAUCCUCUGGGAAUUCAGAUCAUUGUUACUGGAUUGGGAUGAAACAUUUAUAUGUUCAUUUAUAUAUGCGAUAUAUAUUACUUGAA